AUGUGUGUAGGGACCUUGUUAGUGGGCGGUUUUGAGUCCCACGUUUUAUUCGACUCUGGAGCAUCGAAUUGCUUCAUUACACCGGAGCGUGCCGAGAAGAGUGGCAUCCGGAGUAGCGCGGGCGAGAGCGCGGGCAUGGUCAAGGUGGCGGGAGGUGGAUUCUUGUCUACUUUGGGCCGUGCUAGAGGAGUCGAGAUCGAGAUUGCGGGGCAGUCAAUGCCAGCAGACUUAGUCAUCAGUCCGGUGGAGCUGUAUGACGUUAUUCUCGGGAUGGACUGGUUGUCACACUACAGAGUUCAUCUGGAUUGCUACAGAGGUAGAGUGGUCUUCGAGCGAGAUGCAGGGAGGUUGGUUUAUCAGGGAGUGAGACCGACUUCCGGGAGUAUUGUGAUAUCUGCUAUUCAGGCCGAGCAGUUGUUAGAGCGGGGCUGUGAGGCGUAUCUGGCGACGAUUUCUAUGUCUGAGUCAGGAGCUGGAGUUGUUAUGGGAGAUAUUGAGGUUGUCCAGGAUUUUGAGGAUGUCUUUCAGUCACUGAAGGGAUUACCACCAUCUCGGUCUGAUCCUUUCACGAUUGAGUUAGAGCCGGGGACAGCACCGAUAUCGAAGACGCCUUACAGGAUGGCGCCAGCUGAGUUGGCAGAGCUGAAGAAGCAGAUAGAGGACCUUUUGUCUAAGGGGUUCAUUCGACCGAGUGUUUCACCGUGGGGAGCACCGGUGUUGUUUGUGAAGAAGAAGGAUGGCAGUUUCAGACUUUGUAUCGAUUACAGAGGUCUUAACCGAGUCACUGUGAAGAACAGGUACCCACUCCCGAGGAUUGAUGAGUUGUUGGAUCAGUUGAGGGGUGCUACUUGGUUCUCCAAGAUUGACUUGGCAUCGGGGUAUCAUCAGAUCCCGAUAGAUGAGGCAGAUGUCAGGAAGACUGCUUUCAGGACGCGUUAUGGGCAUUUUGAGUUUGUGGUUAUGCCUUUCGGUUUGACUAACGCGCCGGCAGCCUUCAUGAGAUUGAUGAACGACGUGUUCAGGGAGUAUUUGGACGUGUUUGUCAUCAUUUUCAUUGAUGAUAUUCUGGUAUACUCGAGGAGUCAGGAGGAGCAUGCGACUCACUUGAGGUUGGUUCUGGAGAAGCUUCGGGAGCAGAAGCUUUUUGCUAAGUUGAGCAAGUGCAGUUUCUGGCAGCGAGAGAUGGGAUUUCUUGGCCACAUUGUUUCUGCAGAGGGAGUUUCUGUGGAUCCGGCUAAGAUUGAGGCUAUCAGAGAUUGGCCUAGACCUAGUAGUGCCACCGAGAUCAGGAGUUUUCUGGGUUUGGCAGGAUACUACAGGAGGUUCGUCAAGGGGUUUGCUACCAUGGCGCAGCCGAUGACGAAGUUGACCGGGAAGGAUGUCCCUUUUUUUGGUCAGCUGAGUGUGAGGAGAGCUUUAGUCAGCUCAAGGAGAUGUUGA